GCGGCGGCGGCGGACGCGGCCUGAGGGAGCGGCCGGCUGCCGCCUCGCCCGCCGCGGGGUCCAUGGCCUGAGCGGCCAUGUCCGGCGUGGUGCGGACCCUCAGCCGCUGCCUGCUGCCGGCCGAGGCCGGCGGGGCCCGCGAGCGCAGGGCGGGCGGCGGCGGGGCCCGCGACGCGGAGCGCGAGGCGCGGCGGCGCAGCCGGGACAUCGACGCGGGGCUGGCCCGCGAGCGGCGCGCCGUGCGGCGCCUCGUCAAGAUCCUGCUGCUGGGCGCGGGCGAGAGCGGCAAGUCCACCUUCCUCAAGCAGAUGCGCAUCAUCCACGGCCGCGAGUUCGACCAGAAGGCGCUGCUCGAGUUCCGCGACACCAUCUUCGACAACAUCCUUAAGGGCUCAAGGGUUCUGGUUGAUGCACGAGACAAGCUUGGUAUUCCUUGGCAGUGUUCUGAAAAUGAGAAGCACGGGAUGUUCCUCAUGGCCUUUGAGAACAAAGCAGGGCUGCCCGUGGAGCCUGCCACCUUUCAGCUGUACGUACCUGCUCUGAGCGCGCUCUGGAGGGAUUCUGGCAUCAGGGAAGCUUUCAGCCGGAGGAGCGAGUUUCAACUGGGUGAAUCAGUGAAGUACUUCCUGGAUAACUUGGACCGGAUUGGCCAGCUGAAUUACUUCCCUAGCAAGCAGGACAUCCUGCUGGCGAGGAAGGCCACCAAGGGCAUCGUGGAGCAUGACUUUGUCAUCAAAAAAAUCCCUUUCAAGAUGGUGGAUGUGGGCGGCCAGCGGUCUCAGCGCCAGAAGUGGUUCCAGUGCUUCGACGGGAUCACGUCGAUCCUGUUCAUGGUCUCGUCCAGUGAGUACGACCAGGUCCUCAUGGAGGACAGGCGCACCAACCGCCUGGUGGAAUCCAUGAACAUCUUUGAGACCAUCGUUAACAACAAGCUCUUCUUCAACGUCUCCAUCAUCCUGUUCCUCAACAAGAUGGACCUCCUGGUGGAGAAAGUAAAGACUGUCAGCAUCAAGAAGCACUUCCCAGACUUCAAGGGCGACCCCCACAGGCUGGAGGAUGUCCAGCGCUACUUGGUCCAGUGUUUCGACCGGAAGAGGCGGAAUCGCAGUAAGCCACUCUUCCAUCACUUCACCACCGCCAUAGACACCGAGAACAUCCGCUUUGUGUUUCACGCUGUGAAGGACACCAUCCUGCAAGAGAACCUGAAAGAUAUUAUGUUGCAGUGAAAGAGGAUGCCCCUCAUUCUUGUGGUCCUUCAGCAGCCUCGCCGGCCACAGGCCAGAUCUCCCUGGUGUCCCGGAGCGGGUUUCCCGAAUCCGUGCCCUCAACACCUGGCUCAGGGAUGCUGUGAGGCCCGCCACGCUCUAGGCCAAAGGACGUGACACUUUGAUGUUAGCUACUGAAUCCUGGGGACUAGUGAAACUACUGAAAAUCCAAGCGAUCACUUUGGUAUUAAUGUCUAAUGCCUAAUAACACAGCUUUCUUUCUUUUUACAGAAACUAUUCCUUCUCUGACACAAUGUAAUCGAGGACUGCGUGUGUGUGCACGCACGCUCUGUCUUUAAUGACAGAAACACGAAAACCGACAUCUUUGCAGAUGGCUUUUCUCUCUAACUCGAGAGUGCUUGGUGAGGAGUGUUGCCGGGGCGGGGGGAGGGGGGUGGUUUGUAGGAGGUGAAGCGCGGGCCGUCGCCACCACCUCCCCAAGGGAGCGCGUUGCCUUUUAAGUCUCUUGUGCCGAUGUCCCGAGAGGCCCCAGCCCGGCCGUCAGGUGAGAGGGUGGCAGUGAGAGCUGGCGGUGUGGACUUAAGGCCCCACCGCCUGCGCUUUCUUCCCGCCCUAUCCGAUCAGCCCGUAGCGCGACGGGACACGGGGCGGAAGGUGUGCGCACGGGCGCUGCCGUGAACGGCCCCCUCCCCUCUGCACAGGGCAGUGCCCGCUGCCUCUGUGCCCACCCUCCCCGCCCCUCGCCCGCCCCUCGGCAAAGACUUCAGCCAGCUGGCCUUGCAGACGACUCUUCUGUCCUGUGAGUCGCCUCCGACGCUGCAGUCGGCCGCAGGGAGCCUUUCCUUCUUUGGAGGAAGCGGGGAGCUCCUUUCCUCUCGGGGCUUCCGAGAGCUGGCGGCAUUGCCAGCGGAGCCUUCGUUAACGCCCCCGGGCUCCGCGCCUCCUUCUGGUGGCCGAGAAUCGAGGUUCUCAUCACGGUCUCUCGCUUCUACUAACGUACACACGUAGCAGGAAAACUGUCGGUCGUGGUCUCCUCUGAGUGAAACUGCAGAGGCUGUGAAUGUCGAGGCGAGCUGGUCAGUCUUACACUCAGUUAACUUGUCCGGUUACUCUGUCCAGGUGUCUUUCACUGUGUUUUAAAAUACAUUGCAUUCCAAACUGGUCCCCGCUGUGUAUUACUCUACUCAAAAGUGUCUGGUGUGUUGAGGACUCUGCCUAGCAUUUAAAAGAGAAAAAAGCUUCCUCUGUCAGUGGCACCAGAAUGUUCCUGUGGUUGAGUAACCGUCCCCGGGCCCCGUCCCCAGGCCACACUGUUCCCGGUCCUGCAUCCCUGGUGAGUGGCUUGCUUGCCUUCACCCAGCAGAUGAACAGGGAUCUUGUGGCAGAUGCUGACCCAGGAGGAAAGGGAGGAAAGAAACUGCUUCUGAGUCAGCCUUGUUAUCACAGGGUUUUAAUGAGGAGACGACAUGAAAUCCUGUCUCUCCGGGCGCUCAAGGCUUCCUGUCGAUGUUUGCUGGGGUUUCGGCUCUUUUUUUUGGCUGGAGAAAAGUUGCUGUUUUUGUACUGCUUCCUGUGGCUCUUCAUAAACUGAGAGGACGUGCCCCGGGAUCGGGGCCGAUGACCGAGGCUGAAGGGAAAAAGAACAUUCUCAACGGGCUGCGUCAGGGCGGCCCAAGACCCCGCUGUCGCUGCUCAGAGGACCCUGUCCUGGGGCACGAGCGCUCCUCGCCUGCUGGGUUCCAGGUCUCACACGUGUGUUGGGACCCACGCGCUUCCUCACCAGCCUGGAAACGCUCCCUGCGGUCUGGCGGAGGGGGCGGUCGGCGUAGCCGGUGCAGGUGCCCAUCCGAACGGCUUGCUGGCAAGUGAGGUCAGCACGGUCGGCAAGUGCCGUUUGUCCUUUAAACCGUCUGACGCGGCUGCUGGUUUGCUUUCGGAGGCGGAAGGGAGUUGGUAUAGACAGGGAAGCUGAGCGGACUGGGAAGCAGGGGGGACAGCCCGAGGGGGGGCCCCUGCCCGGCCCAGAACUGACCCGCUCUCCCCCCGGCGGCCGGGCUCCCCUCUUCACGGUAAGCCGAGUGGACGGCUUAGUCCUGCAAGGCGCCCGGCCCUCAAGUCCAUGAUUGGUCGGCAUCCGAGAAGAAGAUCGCUCUUUGCAAGGUCAACUGAAACCAUUUACAGCCUUUCUACACAUAGAUUAUAGUCACUUUUCUCUCCAAAACCUUAGGCUUUUCUAUUUUUUUUUAUUUUAAUUUCACUGUUACCCUCGAUUAUUGUCUUUUUUUAUUGAGAUAGUUGUGCCUCAUCUGUUAUUGCAAAAAUGUAACAAUAAACUUCCUCAAACUAAGAUAUUUUCCUCAUAGUUAUACUGUUUACACAUAAGGACACAUGUACGUUUUUUACUGAAAUAUUUUUUUAACCCUUCAGUUUGUAGAGAAAUUGUUUUAAAGAUACUGCAUUGUAGUUUUGUAAUUUAUAUAGAGAGUUCUCUAGACUCCUUAUUCUUGUCAUUUUUUUACUUCUUUGAUAAAAAUAAGUCAGGUUAUUUCAACUCCAAGAUCAGGAAAUAAUCUUGAAACAAGAUUAUUAGUUAUGACUGACUAACUUGGGCAUCCUGGGAACAGACACUAACUUGGUAUCGUGAGUAAAGGCACCGUUAGGAUGAGAGCAGUCGGGGUGAAUUGCUCACCGCUUACACUUUGCACAGCAUUUUAGCAUUGGCAGGAGGGGCUGGUUUGAUGAUCUGACCACCUUCAGUCUCUGGAUGUUUAUUAAUAUAUAUCCUUAGUUUUCCUUUGCUUAAUAGAAAAUAUCAACUCAGCAUGCGAAGUCAACAUUAAUUUUUUCAGUCCCCAAAAUUCACAGCAAUUGGAUAACUCUCCUAACGUUCCUUGAAGGUUCAUUACUUGUCGGUCACAGUUUUUAUUUCCACGUGGGACACAGGAGCGCUGUCACUGAGUGGAUGCCUCUAGAACACGACUUCAGGACAAGGAACAGUGGCAAAUACAUAUAAAGACACGUGUGUGUGUGAAGGAGGGAUCCUGCUGCCCUGAGACCCGGGGGCCCAAGGAGAGGACCUGGUGAUGGACGUGGACAUGGCCAGAGACCAGAGGCUGGGGGAAGCGCAAGGGAAGGCAAGGGUGGAAACUCUUUCUCCGCAACCCCGUGGGGUGACCGUCCCCAUCACAAAACGAAGAAACCACUGAUGCAAAGUGCGAACGAUUCCCAGCCGACAGAGCUCGUGGCGCUCAGGAUUCUCUUGUAGAAAAGGCACGUAUGUAUUGUCCAGUGGCCAUCGCCCGGCUAGGCAUUGUGUGCGUCCACGUGUGGGGAAGGCAGAACUGCUCCCCCCCCAGAGAAGGCAGAACUGCUCCCCCCAGAGAAACCUGUACUCGUCAUUGCCCACGUGGCUGAGGGCCAAGCUCUUUGAGUUCCAGUUUCCCCAUUUGUAGAAGCUGGACCACAUCAUGAUGCUCAGCUCUGGCGCCUCAGUCAGGUCACCGGAGGGGCUUCGCAAAGCCCUGGGCUGGGCCACCCAGAACCCGUGCAGUACAGGCAUCACGUGGACGCGCUCCUGGUUUCCCCGGCGGUUGCUGUGCAGCCGGGGUCACGAGCCGUGAAGCAGAGGACCGUGGGGGACUCCCUCCAGGCCGCUGGAAUUGUGGUCCACAACGAACUGGCCCCCGAAUCCUCCCCUUGCUGUGACCUACAGCCUGCCUCAGGAAGAAAGUGAUGCUGGGUUUUCUGUUGUGGUUUAAGUGAAGAGCAGAAGUUCCCAUUAAGCCUUCAACAGCGUGUCGGGUGGUCCCUUCAGGCCUUUUGACGCCACCUUCUCCGUAAGGUACAUCAGAUGCGCUCAGCAACCUCAUUCUUCAGUGAUGCCCGGAAAUUUAGGGAGCUCUGUUUGAAGAAAAAGACAAGCCCUUUUAACGUGUGCCUGGCGGCCCUGGGGAGAGGUGGGCCUUGCGUGUGGGAUUCCUGCGUUUCACGGACUCGGCGUUCGGGGCGGGCGCAGGCCCUGGUGCCAAGGUUGGUGCUGGACCUGUAGCUGGGGUGGGGGGUGCUGAGAGCUCAGCCCCCAAGCAAGGGCUGCUUUUACUGACUGCGUUUGUGAGGCACCUGCUGGGCCCUGAAGGGGGUGGUGGUGGGUCCCCAGAGGAGGGAGCUGCUUGGUUAAGGCGGCUCAGAGGCUGGCACUCGCUGUGUUGACGGCCCUUAACGGCAGGUGGCACGCGGUUCGCGCUGAGUUCAGGGAAGGGGAAGGCUCGCUGUGGGUGGAGGGGAGCCCCUGGGGCGCGGAAGGGCCACUCCGCCUCCUCGGUCCCACUCUUGGUGUCUGGUUCCUACCUUCUGCUGGAGGAGGACUUCAGGGCACGCGAGGCCCAGCUGCUCGUGUGGGCCCUCACUCUCCUGCCAGGUCCCGCCCUCCAGAACCCGCUAGAACUGAGAGGCUGGGUGUUCGCUGGUGCUCAGGAUGGCGUACUGAAAUAGGUGGUUGUGGUUUCCAUACCGUGUUGGCAUCUCGUCAGGUGAAAACCUACUUCAAAACACAACAGGUUGCUACCUGCCCGAAGCACCCCCAGUGCCCGCCUCUCGCUGGGUGACAUGGGAUGCUUCCCACCCAGAGUGGCUCCUCGGAGUGGACCACACACCUGCAGGGGUUCUGCUGACCCUGACGGUGGUCGUGAGCCCCUAGGAGAGCGAGCGCUGCUCAACGUGGGGACUUCCUACGCGAGGCUCCCGCCCCAGGUCACAGCGGGAAGGAGCGGGGCGUUGCCAGGCCUGAGUGAGUUCUCAAACCUCCUGGCAGGAUGGAUGUUCCCGGGAACUGGCGUCUGAGGAUAGCAAGAGGUGGGAAAUGGGCUGGAACUCAGAAAUAGACCAUGAGAUUCCUGCCCCAAAACGCACAACUCGCAGGGCAGCAGGGCCCUCCCCGGCAGCCUGUGAUCAGGGCGUGGAGCAGCUGAGAACAGGCGGGAACGGCGCUUGGAGCCCCGACCUGGGCGCCUCCCUCCCCCUCCUCAAAGCCAGCCAUGACCGUGGCACGGCCCCGUGAGGUUCUUAUUACACAGGGACCCGAAGGCUCCAUUGCUGUAAACGCGGCCCCGAGAGAAGCGCACACCUGGCUCCCCCUGGAAACGGGGUUCUCCGCUUCUAGCUGGUUGUGAAGGUAGUGUUUUUAUUCCGGUGGUUUUCUUGUGUGUGUGUGUGUGUGUGUGUGUGUGUGUGUGUAACACAAACCACAGUGAAACACUAGAGCAGCUACUAGGGGUUCCUGGAGCAGCCCGAGUUUCCUCCUGGGCGGGCUGGCGGGCGGGCGGGCAGCCGGCACUCCGAUUGCACGGCCGGCAGAGUGUAGACGGGGCUGAGCCGCACGGGCUCACAGUCGUCUUGAUCUGUCUGUUCCAGGCUUGUCACUCAGGUGCCUUUUUAUUAACACUGAAUUCAUUUUAUUUUGUGCUUUCAAAAGCUGAUUAAUUCCCCCAAAUGAACAUAACCGCAGCUAUUCACAGUCAAGGUGGAGGUUUCCCGCGGGACCGUAUUUCCCGGCAGGUUGCAGAGCCAGACCACUCUGGUGGCCCAGGCGGUGUGGACACGGGGGAGGCGUGGACCGCGCAUCCCGCCUGGUGAGGCUGACCCGGAGUCCGGCCGAGGGAAGUCCAAUGUAGGGGCAGCUGAGAGCAUGACCCCUGUGAGUCGGGGGAAACAGGCCCUCGGCUGUGGGUUGUGGUGCUUCCCGGGUCUGGGCCAGGGGCUCACCUCUUCAGCCGACUUCAGAAUUUCUCCAGUCGGGAAGGAACUGAGAAUGGGGUUCCAGGAGGCCCCACCCUGAGUGGCGACGGGCCGGGUGUGCCGCCGCGGCAGCCUGGGCGCUAUGGGGCAUCUCACGGGGCAUCACGGGGCCGCCACGCGCCUUGCAGCUGAACCCUCUGCCCUGGGGCCCCAGCCCCUCCGCUCAGUGCCCGGCCCCCGGGGGAGCCCCCCUCAGCCUCGGGGGACGCAGGAGGUCUCCUCCCCACCUUCUGUCCGGCUGCCCUCAAAAGAGGUCCGUGCCCACGCUGGGCAGAGAGCACUGUCACCUAGGAGACUCUGGAACUCAGGUCACAAACGUGGAACCAGCCUUGAUCUGACAGUCAGGCUAACAAAGCCGGUUCUCCGUGGCUUCCCUCUUCACCCAAGCUUUCUGGACGAGCCCGGGCACCUUUUCCAGGUUCACCGGCAAACAGGUGGCCAGAGCUCUCGCUGCGGAGUCUGUGGAAGCCGGGGCCGAGGCCUGUCCCAGGAGGGCUCACAGGCAGCCUGUGUAACUUUCUCCCCAUCAUCUUAACUGUUAGAUUCUCUAACAAGCCUGUUUAUCAAGAAAUUUAAAAGAGUUCUCUAUUGAGUCUGCCCAUCUCUAGGAUCUUAAAGCAUUACCUUUUGACCUGUUAUGCAAAUGGCAAAACAUUCCAAGUGUCUUUUCCUUCACUCCAUUCGAAGCAGCUAAAAUUGGCAGGCAUGUUAUUCUCUGUUGACGUGAGCGCAGCCAGGAAGUUCAGUGUUGUGUGCUCGGCCCCCUCCUCUCUGCCACGUCCUCAGCUCACCUCCUCAGUGCUGUGCUGUGGCCCCUGUAGUGCGUGGGGGACCCCGCAGGGGGGGCAGGGCUGUGGGGACGAUCGGCUGCGGCAGCGGCCACAGAAACGGAGCUCUGAGCUCUUCCGGGGUCUGUCCACUCGGAAAGGAAAUUCAAGGGCAACAGCCGAGUGCUGGGUCACGGGCACUGCCCCUGGGGUGUCGCUGCAGCUCCACACCCCUCCCCCCCCAUAAUGGCACCAACAGUGGGGGACAGGCCUCGGUUUACGGAUGCUGUGUUCCAGGUUAAGAGAUACAUGAUGCAGUGUAAAAAGUGUAUUGUAUAGCUACGGGGGUUAGUUUAACAUGUUUUGUAUAUACGACUUUUAUAAAUCUAUUAAAAUUUGCCGUAAAUUACA